AUGUAAAAAAAGGAAAUUAAAAAAGAGAAAGUAUAUGACUCUGAUAAUGAUAGCGUAAUAUCAUCUUCAGAGUCAGAUAGAAGCACUUCUCCUCAACAAAAAAGUAAGAAAUAAAAAAUUGUUUCCAACAUUUCAUCUCCAAACCUAAAUCUGCCAAAUAAGUAAUCAGCUGAAAAUAAUACUGUAAUUUUUACAAAAAUUAGAGUUAUUUCUUUUCUUUCCAAUAAUAAAAUUAUUUAUAACUUAUAAUCAUAUGUUGCUUAUUGUUUAUUAUAAUUUGUUUAGAAAAAUCAACAAGGGAGUCUGAAUAGCUCUCUAAUGUAAUCUAGAAGCAAUAUUUUAAGCUAGAUGACACCACAGUAGCAGAGUUUAAAUCAAAUUCGGUCAAUUAUAUAAUCUUUUUAUGUAAAGCAACAGCUUCCAUAGCAAUAAAAUAGCUAGAUAAAUUAGCAUUAAAGUGAUUUGUAGUAAUCUUAAAUAAAGAUGAGUUUGUUGGAAUAACAAAAUAGAUAAUAUCAAUAAAAAAUAAAGACCAUAGAGUAAGCUAAAAAUAGCGAUUCAAAAGUCAUUAAAAAUUCAAUUGCCCAAAUAUAGUCCCAGCUCUUUGAUAUACGACAUAAAGUGGAGUCAAUGAAUAGCAAAUCGAAAGAAAAAAAUCAAAAGAAAACAAAAUAAAAUGAGAAAAAUAGCGAUGAGCACAAUAAAAUUAAGCAGAAAGAAAAGAAAAUUAAAAAGAAAAGCGAUUAGGAAAAAGACACAUCAGUUUCUAGCUUAACAAGCAGUGAAGGUGAUGAAAAAUCUUUGGUAGAAAGCUUAUCAGAGGAUGAGGAUUCAAUGAUUGAAUACUCUAGCAAUAAACAUAAUUCAAAAAACAAAAGUAAAAAAAAGAAUAAAAACUCUGGAAUAACUGAAAACAUAAAAGGCUACUUAAUACUGAAUGCCCAUAAAUUAUAGCAUGAAGGGAAAAAAAAUUAACUGUUGAAAGAAAUUUUGAAUAAAAAAAUUCCUGAUCAAACAACUUUAAGCAAUCAUUUAGUGAUGGAAAGAUAUGAUAUAGUAUUAAGAGAUAUUCUUGAUGUUUUUUUAGAGUAUUUAUUACGUAGUGAGCCACUUCAUGUAAACACAGCUUAUAUUUUGUAAACAGAAAAAAACAAUUUGUUAAAGAAAAGUAUUUAAACUAAUUAAAUAAAAUAGAUCAAUGCCUCACCUUAAAAAUAAUAAUUUGAUGUUCUAAAAAAGCAUGAGAUUAAUUUAAGCUAAAAAAAUAAUUAAAAUGCAACUAAUUUUGUAAGUUCUGAACAUAAUCCCCUCUAUUCUUAAAAUAGACUAAUAACUAACGAAUCUAAUAGUGGUGGAUAGAUGCCAUACUCUAAUAAUACAAUAUAACCGUUUACUCAUUCAAUUUCAAAAUCUAAUUCUUUGAAUCCUACUAUUUAGUAAAUUUCAUAAAAUAAUAUUGAUUAAAUUUCAUAUAGAAAAUCUUUAAAUAACGAUUCAAGAAUGUAAUAAUUAUUAUCUCCUCCUUUAAAUUAUUCAAAUUAACAAAGUUAUCCAGUAGUUAAUAUUGACUGCAUAUCAAAUUUAAAUGAUCAUUAGACUAUUUUAAAUUAAGGAAUAAUUGGAUCUAAUGGCCGUAAUCCUUCUUCAACUAAAAGUGCCUCUAGCAAAUAAAUUUCAUUUCACAAUUAAGUUUCAUCAUAAAAUUAAAAUUUGCAUCUAAAUUCUGGUAAUAGUAGGGGUUCAAUUGACUGGUAUUAGUAGUAGAUGAAAACCAAUAAAAAAUUUCCAUAGCAAAUAAGCAUGACUUAGCAAUCUUCAUCACGUUUGAACAGAGAAGGAAGCUAAGGAAUAUUAAAACAAAAUAAUGUUUCAUAUUUUAUCAACACUGAAGAUUAAGGAUUUGAAUCAAAAGGUAGUGCAAGUACGAAAAUGAGUGAAAAUGCUCGUAAAAACCAGAGAUUAAACCAUGCAAUUAGUGAAAGUUAAAUAAAUUUAUUAAAGUAAAACUAAAUAUAAAAAUAAUUUUUAUAAUAACAAUAAUACCAGCAAGGUAUUAACCAAAUUCCUUAAAUUCUUUAAAACAACCAAAUUCAAGAUAAUUUCGGAAUUAUACACUCAUUUUCUAAUUUUUAAAAUUCUUUGUCUCCAAAAAAUAAUUAAGAUCUCCAAAGUGCAAGAAAUGCAAAUAACUUAAAAAUAAAUCAAGUAGAAAGUUUAAUGAGCAGCUAAUUCUAAAAUAGUAAUUAAGAACUCAAUAAUGCGCCAUUAUAUGGCAAUCAAUAAGGAAUCAUUUCACAGAUAGGAGGAGGGAACACUUCAAAUUUAUCAUAAAACCACUAAUCUCUCUUUUCAUCUCCUAAUAAGCAGGCUUAGCUCUUUUAAUUCUAACACAAGUAUUCAUCUUCUCUUCCUUUCGAGUCAUUUAUGAAUUUAAAUGCAAGUACGUCAAAAAACAAUGACUCAUUAGAGCACAACCACAGUAGAUUUUUAUAGAGUACUUCCAACCCAUCAAGAGAUUACUAUAGUCCUGACUUUAAAUAGAGGAUGAUGGUGAACGGCUUUAGUAAAGAAAUCCUUAAUAUUUAUCCAGAGUAGCUUUUCUUUUAGAAUGAUACCAAUAAUUUACAUGAAAGAUAUUAAAACUAGCAAAUCUAAUUAAAUAAUUAAGUGCUAAGAAAUGAUCAAGAUUUUCAAAGUCAAGAAGAUUAUAAUAACCAUCAAAUAUCUUAGCAAGAGAGCUAAGACUUCAAUAAAUUAACUAAAUCAGCAAGCAUUUAAAAAAAUAUGUAAAUGAAUAGUUCAGAUUAAAUUGUGAGUGAGGAAAAUUACUAAGAAGACACUACAAGUAUACAAGAGUAAAGCUAAAAUAGUAGAUAAAAAAUAGCUCAUUCAAAGUCUUUAAACUUAUUGAUGAAUAAAUCCAAAAUUCCAUCAUUUAGCCCUGAAAAUACACCAACAAGUUUAAAGAGCCCUUCAAUUAUAAAAAAGAAUCCCUAGUUAAAAUUAAUGCCAUGUCAUAAACACAAUAAAAGUGCUACAAUAGUUGUCAAAAGAAAGAAUUCAGACAACAGCGAUCAUUCAAAUUCAAUUUCAAAUAUGACCAAUAAUAAUAAUAAUAUUAAGCAAUAGCAAUCAAACUAAUAAAAAUGCAGUAAUUGCUUAAUCAUAAAUAAUAGAGAGGAGGUUAAGUAAAGGUUUUAAAAGCUGCCACCUAGCAUAGAAUAAGUUGGUAGAAAGGGGAAAAACAGUUCACAUAAUAAUAACAUAAAGGAAAUUUUUAAUUAUAAUUUAGAAAAAUAACAAUCAACUUCAUAAAAAUGA